UCUUUCUUUCACACACAGCGCUAUCAUCAUAUAAUAUACAUACCAUUCACAAGAUAAUCAGACCAAGAUGAUGACCGGUCCAGAGAUGUGUGGGGGUUACCGCUGUUCUAGUGAUGACGAUGACUUCUCUCGCCAAAGCUCUCACUAUUAAUGAGACGGAUCCUUCGCGGCAGUCUGGCUUCCUGUACCUGACGUCGGGGCGGAGACUGGCGCUGCCCCCCGAAAGCGUCAUGGUCGUCACGCCCACCCUGAGUCUUCCGAUGGGCAGGAACCUUCCUGUUGGCUAUGCGGCGUCCAUGACUAUUUCCAUCCCCUUCAAAAUUGGUUUUGAUGACCUUGGACUUACAUCCGAAGAGAACAGGUGGGGUAUUAUUGAGGGGCUCGAUGAUCCAUCUCCAGGUGACUUGGCUGGUGGCGUGAGGGAGGUGAUGUAUAAGGUGGUGGAGGAGAGUCUGGAGUCAGUGGGCCUGGACGGAAAGGCCUGCCUUCUGCGCGCCAUGUGCGAGAUGUUCGAACUUCCUCUUCCGAACCACGGUUUCAUCGGCGAAGUGCUUGACCUAUUCUUUAGCGCCAGCCGGGCUGCCAAGGGAAAGAACCGCUUGGGGGAUUACACGAAGGCGGAGAUCCAAGGCAAGACAGGCCCAGACUGUAAGCCGUACCACAAGGCGUGCCCCUACUCAUUCUUCAAGGAUCUUGCGAGCAGUAAUUCGACUGGCACUGGUGGUAGUUAAUAACGCAUCCCACCAAUGGGCAACUGUCACCAAGCAAAAAUUGACCUACGUCCUUAUUUAUGAAUGUUAUUUAAUAGGUUAUGUUCAAAGGAAACUGGAACUCCAUUUUGACUUGUUUUCAUCUAAAUAGGUUAUUAACAUAGAAAAUGUUCAAUUUAGGCGCUGGUUGUUUGCAACACUGCGUGCAGCCUUGACUUGGCAGUGAGGUAAAAUAUUCCAGGGAUUUGCGAUGAAAUCUCUUGAACGACUGGCCACCUCUAAGAAACUCGGUAACAUGUUCUGUGAAGGCGAUGCAUUUGACCUGCCCCCAGCUGGCCACGGAGGUCUGAAUGACAGUGUAUGACCUUGUGAUCUCGUGUUUUUUUUAUCAUGAGUAUGUUCCAGUGUCCUUAUUUUUGUUGCAAUAUAUAUUUUUAAUAUAAUAAAACUUUGACGAAUCAUUUCACCAA